CCUUCUCUUGCGGCUAACUUCCCUCGAGUUGCUGCUGUCUCCACUAACUUGGAUGCUAGGAUCAACGACAUCGUGGAACUUUCAGUCCGUGCAGACUUGUGUGGCUUCCUGACCAGGAGGCAGGCUUUUCGGUCAAAUCCAUGUACAGAGCAUUGAUGGAGAACAGGUGUCCAGGAUUUUCCGCAUUCCCUGCAGAUUCUGUUUGGAGGAAAAUAGUUCCUUCAAAGAUAUGCUUUUUCAUUUGGACAGUGGCGCACAACAGCAUCCUGACGCAAGACAAACUGAAGAAACGUGGCUGGAGUUUGGCUAAUAGAUGUGAUCUGUGUUACACGAAUGAAGAAACGAAUGCCCAUAUGCUCGUUGAUUGUAUUUUCACAAAGCAAGUCUGGAGCAUCAUCAGGAGAAGUUGCAGGCAGUCGGUUUUCCCUUCAGGCAACGAUCUCGACGUCAUCCUGAAGAACUGGCCAACUGACAUCCCUGACAGUAUGGAAGGCUGGUUUGUUUACUGUGCUUUCCACGCUGUUUGCUGGUGUAUCUGGCUGGAAAGAAAUAACAGAAUCUUUAAUGGUAUCUCGAGGAAUCCUGAUCAGAUCGUUAGGAAAGUUUUGAAGAAUGUUGCAGGAUGGGGAGUUGCGAAUGGAAAGAUCGAUCGCCUGGGGGCAGCUACCUGGGUUCGCGAACGCAUUAGACAGAUACAAUGAACAAGGAAGGUGCUGGUUCUUGAAUCUUAAUCGAGCAGAGGGAGCUGCUCUAUGCUGUCUUGUGCUGUGCAAAAUAUUUAUAUUCAGCAGAUGUUUGCCUGUGUGGCCGGUGG